AUGUUCACUAAUCAAACUGAGAGGAACACCACCGUUGUGCUGCAGAAUCAGGGGCUCCUGGGGUUAGUUUUAUCCUCUGUCGUGACGACGCUGCCAUGCUGCAUGUUCCUCUACAUUAAUCUCACCACUUUAUACACUCUGAGAAGUAAAGAAGUGUUUCGAGAGACCCCUCGAUAUCUUCUUCUGUUUAAUCUCCUGUUUGCAGACACUUUGCAGAUGGCACACAGCCAGUCAAUGUUUUCUCUGUCUCUUAGUAGAGUAACCCUGGCGUCUCCUGUCUGUGCCAUUCUGGUAGCACUUUAUUCUCUGUCUCAUAGAACGUCUCCAGUGACUCUGGUGCUUAUGUGCUUAGAGAGGUACAUAGCUGUAUGCUAUCCUCUCAGACACAGCGCCAUCAUCACCACCAGAAACACAACUUUGGUUAUUUGUAUUGCUUGGACUUUUACUUCAUUAAAUGUUAUGAUUCAAAUAAUCAUAAUGUUCAAGUUUUCAUUAGAAGACCAGCAGAACAUGCAGAUGACAGACUAUUGUGGAAAAGAGAGUGUGUUUGUUGAUCCAGUGUCUGAUCUGUACAACAAAGCCUCCACUUACUUCCUGUUAGUGUUAGGAGGUGUAACCGUUACUUUCACCUAUACUGGCAUCAUGGUAGCAGCUCGCUCAGCCUCCAGUGACAAAGCUUCAGCCAGCAAGGCUCGAAGGACUCUGCUGCUGCAUCUGCUGCAGAUGGGCCUCACAGUAUCAUCAACAGUGCACAACUCCUUGCUCAUACUUAUCUCCAAGAAUCUGGACAGGGUUCCAGCUGUGCGCCUGCAGAUUUUUCUGUAUGUUUCCAUAAAUGUUCUUCCUCAGUGUCUAAGCUGCCUCAUCUAUGGUCUUAGAGACCAGACCAUCAGGCCCUUCCUCAUGCUCAAUCUCAGCUGUCAGUGGAGAGGUUCUGUUUUCCGCCUGGCUAUGAAACAACCCAGAGUACUUGUCACCUGA